AUGUUUAUCUCUACAGAUGUAAAGUUACAGUUCUUGCAAGCUUCCUGUCUACUGCAGAGGAAACCAGACAUUAAAGCACACAGAGGAAAUGUGUGGUUUUAGCUGCUCUGAGACAUUCAACAUUCAAAGUGCUUGGUGUCACAUCAUCAACACGUACGAUGGGACAAACAUCUCUGCAAUGGCUGAUCUUUCUGACUUCACUGCUGAGCAGCACAACAAACCAAGCCUCUCUGACUGUGAGUCCCAGCAGCUCUCAGAUAUUUGAAGGACAGUCUGUCUCUCUGAGCUGUGAGGAGGACGACAGCUCUGUUGGAUGGACUCUGAGGAGGAACACAGACAGAGAAACCAGCUCUCAGUGUGGACCGGAUUGGGGAAUAUCUCCUGGUUCUUCCUGUAAAAUCAGCUACAUGGACCCAGUGGACAGUGGAGUUUACUGGUGUGAGUCCAGAGAGGGAGCAACCAGUAACAGCAUCAACAUCACUGUCACUGGUGGACCAGUGAUCCUGCAGAGUCCUGUCCUCCCUGUGAUGGAGGGAGAAGACCUCACUCUGUACUGUAAAACAAAGAUGUCCUCCAACCUCCCAGCUGAUUUCUAUAAAGAUGGCUCCUUCAUCAGGACUGAGCCUGCAGGUCACAUGACCAUCCACCAUGUUUCCAGGUCUGAUGAAGGCCUCUACAAGUGUCUCAUCAGCAGUGUUGGAGAGUCUCCACCCAGCUGGGUCUCUGUCAGAGGAAAAAACCAACCCAUCUCCAUGGUAAGAGCACCCACCCGAGCUGAGAAGAUCUUGCCUGUCUGUGGUGGCAUCAAGGCGGUCAGCACUGUGCAUCACAUCUGAGCGGAACUAGUGUCACAUCUGGAAGAUGAUUUAAACAUAUUCAAUACAAAAGUUUUUUUUCUUUGAGUUUAUAUUUCUCCUUUACUGACAGCCACUGCCACAUAUGUAAUGU